AUGAAUGUUCCGGCAGCAUUCCCAAUGCCCCAAGCCUCAAAUUAUCAGAGCGACCCUGAAAAGAUGACUGCUGCAAUCUCCUAUCUGGAAAUCAAAGUCAUGGACGCUAAAAAGACCAUAGAAGAGCUAUUGUACAUGCUUGAUAUGCAGGAGAAGGUUCCAUGGCCAGACAUGUUAGACAAGUUCUCAUCACUGGCUGCAGCUAUGUCUCAACUUCAGGGAGCUCUCAAAAAGAGCGCUAUACAAUCAGGUCAUGAAGAUCAUGGAGCACUUCUAAGAAGUCAUGUGCUAGUACCGCAGCGUUUGCAACUCGAACCGGAUCCGCAGUUGCAGACGCUGACAUCGUAUCGCAUACAUUCGUGGAAUCAUGAUGUGGUGCCUGAUUAUUUGCGUACAAAACUGAAUCCAGAAAUGGAAUCGGAGGAAAUGAUGUUAGAGCAAGACAGAAAUCAGAAAGGGCAGGACGUUAUAAGUAAACAAAUCACUCAUCUUAACAAGUACGUUGAUCUUCUACUGCAAAGCCUACAUUCAUCGGAUCGCGCUCAUAAUGAAAGCUUGGCAGAAAAGGUGAGUUUUAUUAAUCUAAUUUUCCUUUUCAUUCGAUUUUUUAAUGUUUUUUUUUNUUUUUUUUUCAAUUUUUUCUUCCUGCUUCACCAUGCCAUUCGCGCCGUGCCACGAAUGUUAAUCUCGAUUUCACCAUUAUCAUCAUCAUUGUAUGUCUUAAUAUGUAUAACUUAG